AAGGGCAGAUGGAAAUGAGGGCAUACGGAGGAGGAAGGAGGAUGCUUUAGACACGUCGUAACUAAAGCACUUCAUUCAACCAUUGGUGCAGGAGAUAGACAUCCACCAUUGGAUGCCGAAAGCGAGGAAGAACAUAGAGUCAACAGGAUGAAAGGACAGAUGAAAACGAGGGCAUAAGAAGGAAGGAAGAACAUGCUUUCAACUACCUAGUAACUAAAGCAAUUAACCAGAAACCCGACACCCACCACUAGACCAACUGCGGCACCGUCACCGAAGUUUCCAAUGAUCCAAUCCGACGAUCCCGGCUCAGUCAGUCGAAGCUGCUGCUGAUAUUACUACUACUACUACUACCCGCUCCUCUUCAAUCCCUUCCAGUGUGUGGGUGACCGUCGCGCGGUGAGGACCCCUAUCCAGCGCCGGCCGCCGCUCGUCCCUCCCAUGUGCAACAAGAAGCCUUUCGAUCGAUAGGUAUCGCGGACCAGGUGACUUUUUAUUUCUCGAAAGUUUUCGGUUAUGGACUGUCGCGUCAUGAAGAGCUGGCCAUCAAAUCAAAGAUAAAUAAUAAUAAAACAUUAAAAACGAGAGAGGGACAAGAAGACAAACAGUGAAAUUGCUGCACAUGUUUGAUUAAUGGAAUUUUAAUUAAAACAAUCGUGCUGUGCUGGUGUGUGUGUCUGUGCGUGUGUGUCCGUGACGGUGGCCGCCGCGAGAUCAGAAACAGAUCAAAACGAACGACUUCGAUUAGCUCAGUCAUACAACGCAGAUUAGAGCAGUUGCCUCGUCCGAUUGUGUUCAUCAGGAUCGUCCCAUUUUUUUGAGAGAAAACUAUAGAGAAACAAGGCUGGGCUCUCCAAGGAAGGACUUACUUUUAAUCUCAAGAUCACAACAGCGCGUGGGAGGCUGCCCUUAUCCGAGCUACCUGUCUCAUAACGGUUCCGGGCAAGAGGGCGGCGGGCGUCGUGGUUUCUUCCUCGAAAAGGCAGCAGUGGUCAGCUUGUUUUCAUCGCGAGGUAAACGGAGAACGACGCCUCUGAGACCCACUGUGCGCUGUGGAAAUUCCCCAAGCGAUUGAGAAGAUGAGUUUGUGACGCCUCUCCCUGGUGACUAACAAGUGAGGCAGGUGACCUGUAACGACCUCUUCUGUGUCAGAGUCAGCAACAGUCUGUGGAAUUUGACCUUACCUAGCUUGAGUCAUGGAUGACGUUGACAUAUGACUACUGAGCGGGUGUGAUUUGAUUUCUCUGUCCAUUGUUAGUCUAUCUAUUUCUUGAGCAGCAAACGAGUAGACACGAUGGUUAACCGGUUCGACAUGGAGCAAAAUGGGGUGUUGGACACCGACAAACUCGUGUUCACGGACAAUAGCCCUGGACCAGAAAAGAUCGAGGUCGUGAUGGGUCGAUGUUUCCCACUCCAUGGGCCGGGAGGGACCUACGACUUCCUGCCCAUCCCAGUAGUGAGGAAGAUUGUGUACAAAAAUAGCGAUGGUGCCACAUUCACACAGACCUUUGGUGAUCUCAUCAAGUCGGAAAAUGAAAAUUACAAGAUACCGACAUCCGUGAUAGAGAAGCACUUUGAUCCCGAGAAAAAGGGUUGUAAGCCUAAGAACACUUUCGUGAAACACGAAGCUUCGGAUGGCAUGAGAGACGCUGAUCCUCUCAUCUCUAAUAAGACUAACCCCAAGGAAAGUGAGAACAGCAGCAAUAAACAUCAGAACAAGAUAUUUUCAGAUGCCCAAGUCAAGAAUCUUCAACUCCAGGAGCCUGCUCCUGCAGUAAAAAUUGGAAGGGAUGACCUAGAACAUGUAAUUGGUCACCAUGAAGUAAAUGCAGCCUCACCCAAACCUGAUAUACUGGAAAGAAUAAAUCAGAGUCAUGAAAAUAAGGUUUCCAUCAAAUCAGAGACUCACAAUCAAGAAACUCCAAGUUUGAAAUGGCAAGAGAACUUACCUAAACCAGUAAAUGCCAACCGUGCGCCUAUUGACCAAACACAGCAAGAAAACUUAUUUUCAAGCAAACCUAAGAGCCAUCUCCAGGAAACUGCUAACAGUACAGCAGCACAGAGCAGUCAAGUGGAUCAGCAUCAGAGUAACGGGACACCUUUACAGAUAGAUUCUGACACUAUCAAAAGGAUAUCCAGAGCUAACUCUCCACGCUUUAGAGUUAAAAGGGUGGAGAACUCUAAACCACCUGAAAUGACAGGACGGGAAGCUUGGGAGGAGACACAAAAGAGGAAAGCACAGUUACGCGAGGAGUUCUUCCGAGUGCCCUAUGAGGAAUGUAACAGAGAAGCCAUUCGUAGUAUGGGAGCUCGACACAGAUCAGAGCCAAGGCUAAACUCUCUUGCAAAAGAGAGGAAGAAGAGGAAUUCUCUCUCGGAGAAAAGGGUCCAUUUCAACAUGGACGAUUCACAGUUAGAAGACAUUAGAAAAUGGCGGGAAGAGAGGCGCAUGCAGGCUACCCCUCAGUGCAUCAAAACUGUUGCGAAGAUUUAUUCCAUCGAUGCCCCGAGUAACCAAAGGAAAGUUGAGUAUAUCGACUCAUUCACCACGCCAACACCGGAAGUUCCUGUUGCUGUGACGCUCGUGGAAAAUGCAUCUGUUCGUGCCAAGUACUCUCGACCUACUGAUCUUGAUAGCUUAAAGGGCAACCCUUCCGACAAGAAAGUUCAGCUUCUUUCACAUCUCCUAACAUUGCAGGAUGCAGCAGUGAUUCAAGUUCUCAAUUGAAAGGGCACCUUUGAAAAGACCGAGCAGGCAGCAAAAAGUCCCUCUGCAAAUGGACGUAGUAUUUCAUCUCCAAGUACUUCACUUUAUGCUACUUUUAGUAAACCACCUGAACGAAAGAUCUCACCCCCUGACAGCUAUUUCGAUUAUCACUUAACUCCAGAUCAACAGGAUGCCAAACCUCCUAUGAGGUCCCACCCACAAAUUCCACCUAGAUCCAUAUCCUACCCAAAAUUAAGUGAUCCUCAGUUUGACUCACAGAUGAGCCAUGAUGAUUCCUUUCCAGACCAAGUCCAGAGUAACGUCCCUUUGAAAUCCCCAUGUGACAGCGCAUACAAUCAUAGACUGACCUCGAAAUUAGAGGCUCAGAGAGAACCAACAGAAAAGCAAAGGCCCCACCAGCCUUCUGUUGCCCUGCAAACACAAAAGCACCAGCAAACCAAUUCUGGAGAGACCCAAGAAUGCAUUGCCUCAAGUACAGUGGUCAGAUCAGAAGAUUUAUUACGCCCAACCACAUCACAAAAUCCGUUACCGCUACCACGUGUUAAGUCACUCACCUCGAGAGACGACUUACAUCUGCAGGACACUCCAUCAGCGAGCUCCCAGAGGGAUGAAGGUGCAUCAGAGAAAUCAAGAGCUUUUGCAAACAGGAGAGCCACAUCACUCGACAGAGCGACAAUUCGGAAAAGGACAGCUGGUUUACCAAUCAACAGUGGCUCUUACUUGAAGAGCCCCGGUUUGAUUCUUAGUCAUUUGAGAAAUCCCAUGGCCACUUCACCAACGCACAGUCUUUUGAGUGAUAAACCCACCGAUUUCAAAACCAGCAAUGCCUUUUCACCUUACAGGCCCAAUAACACUUCUGUUGUUCAGAGUAAACAGUCAAGUAUCUCAAAUCCAGAACGAGCGAAGUUUUUCAACAUGAAUAAUGCGGCAACAGCUAAUACGAGUGAGCAGCCAAGUUCUGCUAAUAUUAUCAAAAGUUACAUAUACCCCAAACGCAAUUCAGUUACAAUUUUACAGAAAGACCCACGCCAAGUUGAUGUAGGUGCUAUUUCUAAAUCCACUGGAAAUAAUUUUGGUCAAAAUGGUCACAGUAAGCAUGAAACUCAGCAUUUUAAGCCACUGGACAGCAGCAGCAACAACAUUCACAAUGGUUUUCCAGAAAAUAAUGGAUCUCAAUUUAACAAAAGUUCAAAACCGUCUUUCCAAACGUCAACGUCAAAGGCGAAUAGCGAAGCCCCCCGUAAAGACUCCAACAAAGAAAACGAACAGAACCCGCCUUCACAGAAAACGGUGCCAAAUGGUAAGGGUAACUCUGUCAAUAUUUUGAUGACCAAGGGCGAAAGCUAUUCCAAACACCGAAUCGUCCUCAACAGCCACACGAAAACGAUGACGCCCAGGAUGACGGUUAGGAAGAUCAUCGUCCCGGCAUCCUCGGUGUCAGGGACGACGAGGCCAGUCCCUCCUCCAGCAUCCACAAGAUCAGCUCCAUCUCCUACGCCUUCGUGCGCUUCUUCCAACUGCUCCUUCGGGUCGUCAGGUAGCUCUUCCGGUUGCUUUUCCGGGUCUCCGUCGCCGACGCCAACGCCGUCUCCGAUUCGAGUCAGGGCGUCGAGAGUGCCAACAGAUCUCUAAAGGGUUUGGCCAGUAAACAACGCCCUCGGAAGACAACCUGGUCGUUGUUGAGAGAAUUGCAUUGAUUAUCUUGAAGAGCAACCGUUGGAAGAUGCACACGGGCAAAACCAAAAUUCGUUCGAGGUGCUGGUAGAUUCUCUACAGAACUUUGGAGGUGAAAAACACCGAGAGAUUUCUUAGAAAAAUAAAAAGAAA